AUGGUUGUAGAGCAGUACAUGGUACAAAGCACGACCGUAAUAAAUCCGAAACGUGAACCUGACUUUUUUUUUGCAGUCAAGCCCCUGCAUGCUUGCAGAGAGUUGCUGAGCUCAGCUUGCUCAGAGGCGAUAAGACCAGCUAGCAGCAGCAGCAGCUGCAGCUACAGCUUGCAGGGCGCCCAGCUCACAGCAUCAGAGAGAUUCAGAGUAGCUCAGAGUGAGCUUUUGCUCGUUGGUCCCUCGAAUUCUGGAGCUAGUUCGCCCGGGUCCUCGGUUUCGAUCGAUCCCCUUCAGACGAAGCGGAGGCGGAUUUCGCAUGAGGUAGCGCAAGCGUCAGCCAUGGAGGAGGUCGUCGUCGGCGGCAAGGAGCGCAAGCGCCCGCGCGGCGCGCUCGUCGGCGUCGGCGGCGGGGGCGCGUCGGCGGCGACGGCGGCGGCGUGGCGGACGAGCCGGGUGGCGCGGGCGGCGGCGGGGGGGAAGGACAGGCACAGCAAGGUGGUGACGUCGCGGGGGCUCCGCGACCGCCGGGUGAGGCUGUCGGUGCCGACGGCCAUCGCGUUCUACGACAUCCAGGACCGCCUCGGCGUCGACCAGCCGAGCAAGGCCAUCGAGUGGCUCAUCCGCGCCGCCGCGGCCGCCAUCGACGCGCUCCCGUCGCUCGACUGCUCCUUCGCCCUCCCCGCCGCCGCCUCCUCGCCGCCGCCGCCGGCCGCCGACGACGCCGAGGUCAGCACAUCCGAGACCAGCAAGAGCUCCGUGCUCUCCCUCGCCAACGCCCCCUGCGACAACGGCGGCGGCGCGUUCGCCGAGCUCCUCCACUGCUCGAACACCAACGGCAGCAAGCCAUUGCAGCAACAGCAGCAGGCGACGCUUGCGUACUACGCGGCGGCGCAGAGCGCGCACAUGGCGGCGCCCAUGUCGUUCGAGGUGAUGGCGAUGCCGCCCCACCUCGCGUUCUCGCAGGAGCAGCAGCAGCACGCCACGGUGGCCGCCUUCGAUCGGGGCACACUUCAGUCCAAUGCGUCGCUGUGGCCGCCGCCGCCGCAGCCGCCGCCGUCGCAGCACCCGUUCCUGCUGCAGAGGUUCGCCGCCGCUCCGGCUGAGGUCGCCGGCCUCCCGUUCUUCCUUGCAGGCGGCGUCGGCGGCGCUGCUGCUGCUGCUCCGGCGGCGACGACCAAUGGUGGGGAGCGGAGGCUGCAGCUCUGGGACUUCAAGGAGGAGAGGAAGACAUGACUAAAAUUGCCUGGUGUUAUGUCUGGUGUUGUGCCACAAGUCAAAGCCGAUCAGCAUGAAGAAAAAUUCAGAACAAGAAAAAGUAUUCAGGAACUGAAGAUGAUGUCAGCGCCAGGAAAAAAACUUAAACACCAGAAAAAUGGAUGUAAUUCCAGAUCUAUGAUUCUUCCGGCUCAUGAUUUCCAUUUCUCUAUUCUCUAACAAUGUACGAUUUAAUUGUAACCUUGACUGUGUUGUGAUUCAGAAACCAUGUCAUUCUGUUGCCUGUACUUCGAUAAUUUUGUCACAUACUGCUUAAUCAGAGAUGCCUGACAUUUUCCUAGAGACCCUA